AUGUACGAAGGGAUUGACAACCUGAAAUCCCUUUACGACCGUGCCGGGAAGACUUUCUCCGGCGGUCCUUCUGCGGCACAGGAUGUGUCGCGUCGUACUGCUCGACCAGACCCAGUACGUCAACCAUCAAUUGGGAGCGGGGCUCCCAAGAAUCCCAGGACGGGGGAUAGCCGCGCCACCGGACGAGGUAACUCGUCCGACGUCCGUUCACGUCGCGGUGGUUCAACAGCUGCUCUACUAGAUAGCGCUGGCCACCGCGAGAGUCCUCUAAUGGAGGUGGAGGAGGAGGAAAGACGCUCUCCACACGAUCAUGUGGAUCGGUGUGUUCCCGAGAGCUUUUUGAUCGCGUAA